UAUUACUUUAUAUUCCAUAUAUGGAAUGACGACCUUCAGGACUUCCAGUACCACACACGUGUUAGGAAAGGCAGGUGAAUAUUGUGACUGAUGGCAGGGAUAUCUGGUGCAGACGACAAUCAGCAGUCAGAUCAUGACAGUGGUCAGAAAGGAACAGUAAACAAGGACAUGAUCGACCAGGGAGCGUCUCGAAUGAACGGCCACGUUCCCACGGUGGAGACAAACGGCAUCGUGGACACGGCUUCAGAGAACAGCUCCUCUGGGUCGAGCACUCCUACCGACACUAAGGAUGGAGAGAAGACAGAAGAAAAUGAGACGGAAAAGACAAAUGGAGAAGUUAAGGAAGGAGAGACAAAGGAAGGAGAUGCUAAAAAUGAUCAAGAAAUCGUUUUGAUUCAGGAUACUGGAUUCACUGUGAGCAUCACAGGGCCAGGCAUCGAAACGUUCGAGUUGCCGGUGAGUUCGAUGGAGCUGGUGCAGGAGAUCCACCAGGUGUUGAUGGACCGCGAGGACACAUGCCACCGGACCUGUUUCUCCAUACAGCUGGACGGACUCACUCUAGACAACUUCGCUGAACUCAAGAGUAUCGAAGGCCUUAAAGAAGGUUCACAGAUUAAAGUUAUUGAAGAGCCGUACACCGUGCGGGAAGCCAGGAUCCAUGUGCGUCAUGUUCGGGAUCUGCUCAAGUCUGUCGACCCGGGGGAUGCCUACAACGGCUUUGACUGCAACUCUCUGUCCUUCCUCAACAUCGUCACAGCUGGAGACAUCCUUGAAAAGAAGCGCCAGCCACCCACGUCCCUGGACUGCACCCCUCCAGACUACAUCAUGCCCAACAGCAAGGAUCGGCCCCUGGUUCCGCUGCACCCUGGGAUCAAGGAGCAGAGGGGUCCACAGUGCAUCAAAGUGCUCACCUACAGCGGCUGGAACCCCCCACCGGGUAAUAGACGGAUGCAUGGCGACCUUCUCUACCUGUAUGUGGUUACCUUGGAGGAGAAGAAAUACCACGUCACAGCCUCCACACGGGGCUUCUUCCUCAACCAAUCUACCGAGGAUGACUUCAACCCUAAAGCUGCCCAGCCAAAAUACCUCUCCCACUCUCUCAUAGAUCUUCUGAACCAGAUUAGUCCUGGCUUCAAGAAGAACUUCUCCAUGCUGCUGAAGAAGAGGGCUCAGAAACACCCAUUUGAGCGUGUUCCAACUCCGUACCAAGUGUACAGCUGGAUGGCGCCCCAGCCUCUUCACCACAUAGACUACAUCCGCGCCGAGGACGCCUUCUCCACGCGUCUGGGGUACGAGGAACACAUCCCCGGACAGACACGUGACUGGAACGAGGAGAUUCAGACCACCAGGGAACUGGCCAAGAAGAACCUGCCGGAGAGACUGAUCCGUGAGAGAGCCAUCUUCAAGGUUCACAGCGACUUUGUUGCAGCUGCUACUCGGGGCGCGAUGGCCGUCAUCGAUGGAAACGUCAUGGCUAUCAACCCAGGAGAAGAGGCCAAGAUGCAGAUGUUUAUCUGGAACAACAUUUUCUUCAGCCUGGGGUUUGACGUGAAGGACCACUACAAGGACUUCGGCGGUGAUGCUGCGGCCUAUGCUGCACCUGGCAGCGACCUGCAGGGGGUCAAGGCAUACUUCGGUAUCGACCCCGAGAAUCUCUACACACUGGGCACCGUGGUGAUUGACUACAAGGGCUACCGUGUCACAGCGCAGUCCAUCAUUCCUGGCAUCCUGGAACGAGAACAGGAACAGUCCGUCGUGUACGGCUCAGUCGACUUUGGCAAAACUGUCGUCACAAAUGAAAAAUACAGGGAGCUGCUUCAAAAGACAGCGAGUCAACUCAAAAUCCGACCUCACAAGGUGCUGAACAACAAAGAUGAAGAAGUCGAGUUGUUUUCCUCCAUAGAGUGCAAGGGCAUUGUUGGUAACGAUCAGCGCCACUACGUGCUGGAUCUCCUACGAACCUUUCCACCCGAUGCCAACUUUCUACCAGCUACGGAGGGAGAUGAGCUGAGUAAAGAGAUGAAAGAGCAUGGCUACCCCCGAGAUCAUCGCCACAAGCUGGCCUGUCUGAGACAGGAGCUUAUUGAGGCCUUCGUAGAAAACAGAUACGUGGCAUUUGUACGCCAUGCAGCCUUCCAGUUUCAACAGCUACAGCUGCUCAAACAGAACAAGGUCAAGGACAUGGACAAUAAGGUUACGGACACAGACAAUAAGGUCACGGACACAGACAAUAAGGUCAAGGACGCUGACAACAAAGUGAUUGAGAAGGAGGCAGAGAAGGAGGUAGAGAAAGCCGUGUUAGAGGUCAAGUCCCCAGAGAAGUUGGUAAAUGGCAGCGCCGAAGACUCGGUGCAGACUGCACAAACCCAGCUGGAGAAUGAUAUCGCCACGGAGGAAGCCAAGAAGAUUGUUGAGACCCUCACAGGGACGGACAGUCAGACAUUCGAGGAGAACACGAAGGAUAUUGUGAAGAAGGCGGGUAAAGCAGUGGGCUCUCUCAGUGACACCGAGUUCAACGUGACCUUCAACCCAGAUGUAUUCCAGCCUCAUGUUCAGCAUGCGGACCCAAAGAGCGAGACGUUGAAGAGAGAGAAGCAGUUAGUGAAGGACGCCGCCGAGUUCCUAGUUCUACACCAAAUACCGACACUCAUCAACGACUGCCUUGACCACACCUCGUCCCCCAUCGACGGCCUUACUCUCACAGAGGCUCUGCAUAACAGGGGCAUCAACAUGCGCUACCUGGGCAAGGUCGCCGAGAUGUUCUCCAAAUACUCGUCUGUUUCAUAUGUAUAUAGUAUAGCCAUCGGAGAGCUGAUCAACCGCGCCAUCAAGCACCUGUUCAAGACGUACAUGCAGGGGGUGGACAUGAUGAGUCUGUCGGCUGCCAUCAGCCACUUCCUCAACUGCUUCCUGGGAUCUUAUGCCUCCCCCCACGCUCAGGUCACCCCCGAGGAGCUUCAGAGCAAAACAGCAAAGAGGAAGAGCAAGAAGAAGAACAAACAGAGCACAGUAUUCAGCAUCGAUAACACAGAGUGGCUGUCAGAAACACCGAAAACCCUUUGGAAGAAGAUUGUUGAUGAAGUUGACGAAUAUUAUGGUUACACUUUGGAAUGUGAUUCUGUGGAUGCCGCUACUGAGAAGUACAACCUCCAUCGAGCUGCGCUGCUGCGGAUGUUUUGCCGCACAUGUGGUGUUCAGAUCCUGCUGAGAGAGUACCACCUCGACUCCCGCAACAAACAGAUCUUCUACGAGGAUGACAUCAUCAACGCUUUCCCCAUCGUCAAACAUUUACAUCCCAAGGCUACUGAUGCCUACCACUUCUUCACGAGCGGCCAGAACAAGAUCCAGCAGGGCUUGUUACGAGAAGGGUAUGAGCUGAUCAGCGAAGCCCUCAACCUUCUCAACAACGUUUACGGAGCCAUGCACCCUGAGAUCGCCGCCUGUCUCCGUCUCCUGGCACGACUCAACUACAUCAUGGGCGAGUACGGGGAGGCACUGUCAUUCCAACAGAGAGCUGUGCUGAUGAGUGAGAGGGUGCUGGGGAUUGAUCAUCCGAACACAAUCACAGAAUAUGCACACUUAGCACUGUACUGCUUCGCCAACAACCAGGUCUCCAGCUCGCUUAAGCUGAUGUACCGCGCACGCUACCUGGCCCUGCUGUGUUUCGGCGAGGAGCAUCCAGAAGUCGCCCUCAUAGACAGUAACAUUGGCCUGAUCCUACACGCUGUCGAGGAGUACGAGUUGUCCCUCCGCUUCUUGGAGCAGGCAUUACAGCUAAAUACAAAGUAUUUUGGUGUGAAGAGUUUGAAAGUGGCGAUGAGCUAUCACCUGGUAGCCCGCACGCACUCUUGUCGUGGAGACUUCCGAGCCGCACUGCUCAGUGAAAAGGAGGCUUUCGCCAUCUACAGGCAGACGCUGGGCGAGGACCAUGAGCGUACCAAGGAGUCGUCGGAGUGCUUAAAGCACCUCACACAGCAGGCAGUCGUGUUCCAGAAGAAGAUGAACGAAAUCUACAAGGGGAGAAGAGCUCACGUUCCCCCCAUCCAGAUCCAGACCCCCUCCCUCUCCAGCGUACUUGACACCCUCAAUGUCAUCAACGGCAUCGUCUUUGUCCAGAUCAGUCAUGACGACAUCGAGAAGUUCAAGCAGGAGAUGACCAAGAGGACAACAGAUCAAAAGGAGCUCCCGGAAAUUACAGCGUGUGGUGACGCAAAGACCUCAAACUCUGACAAUGCAAACACAAGCGCAAUUGAUUGCGCACCUUCAUGUCAGGACUGUGCUGGAGAUAACAAACUGUCCAGUGAGUCUGCUCAACUAGUCAAUGGGGACGUGAAGCUCCAGGACCCCCUUCCGGAGGUUACUGUGACAGAGGGGCGAUAAACUGGGAGACGUGUGCUGAACAAUGGGGAACCUUUUCAAGGGAGACAACUCCAGGCAGCAACGUUACGGUCAAAGUUGAAUAGACAGACUGUAGGCGAUGUAGCUGUGUGUAUUGUGAGAAUUGAAUACGGGACCCUGACUAGCUGUGGGUUGUCUCCCUUUGUAUAUAAUAUGGAGCCCAACAGGGCAUUGCAUAUCAUCUGCAGAUGCAAAUAGCAGACGCACCAGUCUUCCUUCAUCGUCCAUUCACCUGCAUAUGUGGUCGUCUUUCACUUGAAUGUUGUAUGUGGAGCGUGAACCUACGAUCAAGGUCACGCAGAGAGCAAGUACAAGGUGUGUGGGUUUUUUGUGCCUCAUAAUUUCCAUGGCAGUGUUUGCUGCUUGUAUAAUCAGAAUGGCUGAUCAUAAUAAUAAUGAUGAUAAUUCAGCCGUGUCACACAGACCUACGUUGAUCCAAGUGUGUUGAAGCUUUCAGUGUCUACAUUGUCUGAAUUGUGAUCCCCGGAGAAGAAAGCGUUGAGACCCUUCGUCUUUACAUCCGUGGACCAGCAGCUGAUACAGUGCAUUUAUAGAAUGUUUGACGUAGUUGUGAUGGAAACGCUACCUCGUUAUGUCACUACUGCUUUACUUGUACGUCAACCUCCUCCAGAUUUCCCCUAUAUGCCUCACAUCAAAUCCACAGUGUGAUAAUUUUACUGAGAAUAUAUUUGUUUUGUUUGAACACGAUGUCAAAGUAGAUGAAUCUACUUGUUGAAUGGAGGAUAGUGAAUGUAGAUAUGAUACUGUCCGUCGUCAAUUAGCCAGAAUAUAUCUCCGUUCUUUUAUGUUAAAUACACUUGAACCCAUUCACCGUCAUAGCUUUGUAGUGAUCCCGAUUCUAGUGGCACUGUGCUUCAGAAAUCAGGGACAGUUGUGAUUAGGUAGUGAUCCCGAUUCUAGUGGCACUGUGCUUCAGAAAUCAGGGACAGUUGUGAUUAGGUAGUGAUUGGAGAGAUGUGACGAAACUUUGGCGCUUGUUUGUUCCAGUGUAUUUAUCAUAUCAGAGUGGAUGUGUUUAGUCAAGGAUGUUAUGUCUGCGGAUGUGUAACCAGAGCUAGUUUUUGUUGUGCCAAGUUUGAAUCAAAUGGUGUGGAGGGAAGUGAAGUUGCUGUUUGUGGUGAGAAACUGUUGACUAUGCAGGCCGACGAUGCCUUCAUACUGGAAUCUGUUCUAGGUGAUCAUCCUCCUGUAUCCAGGGCGUAAUAUCUCCAUCCCACUAUGUAAACACCCUGCAAACUUCCGGCACCAUGCCUUUGUUUGGAGCGUGAAUAUGAAGCUGUGCUAUCCUGUUUCAUUCACCUGAGCAAUUCUGAUUUGAAGGAUGGAAAUGUAACUUCACUUCCAAAACAAAUCGGAAUUAAUCCAGGGUAGCAUAAUGGAUAGGAGACUAUCCAGUGGAUAGUAAAGGAUGCUGGUGUUUGAUGUUGUUACUGUCUUGGUCAUCAACAUUACAUUGUUGGCUGAUACGAGAGUUAUUCCACAUGGUUACUGUAUUAAUGGAUAACUCAUAGUGCCAAA